AUGGCUGACCGAGGCGGUGCCCGCGGCGGUGGUUUUGGUGCGAGAGGCGACCGAGGCGGUGAUCGUGGCCGUGGCCGUGGCAGAGGCCGUGGCCGUCGAGGCGGCGCGAAGGACAGCGAGAAGGAAUGGCAGCCCGUCACCAAGCUGGGCCGCCUUGUGAAGGCCGGAAAGAUCAAGAGCAUGGAGGAGAUCUACCUGCACUCGCUCCCUAUUAAGGAGUACCAGAUCGUCGACUUCUUCCUACCCAAGCUGAAGGACGAGGUCAUGAAGAUCAAGCCCGUCCAGAAACAGACCCGUGCCGGUCAGCGAACUCGAUUCAAGGCCAUCGUCAUUAUCGGCGACUCUGAGGGACACGUCGGCCUCGGCAUUAAGACCUCGAAGGAAGUUGCCACGGCUAUCCGCGCCGCCAUCAUCAUCGCCAAGCUGAGCGUUAUCCCCGUCCGACGUGGUUACUGGGGUACCAACCUCGGUCUCCCUCACUCUCUACCCGUCAAGGAGAGCGGAAAGUGUGGCUCCGUCACCGUCCGACUCAUCCCCGCCCCUCGCGGUACCCAGAUCGUCGCAUCCCCAGCCGUCAAGCGUCUGCUCCAACUGGCCGGUAUUGAGGACGCCUACACCUCGUCGUCCGGCUCGACCAAGACCCUCGAGAACACGCUAAAGGCGACUUUUGCCGCCAUCUCCAACAGUUACGGAUUCCUGACGCCCAACCUGUGGUCUGAGACGAAGUUAAUCCGAAGCCCGUUGGAGGAGUACGCGGAUACGCUCCGGGACGGCAAGAGAUACUAG